AGUUGCCAGCUACGGCUUAUUGUGGACGCGUGGACUGUGUCAGGGAAGCGCGGGUUGGCGCUUUUCUACAAGCUUUUCCGUCUGAACUUUUUUACCUAAGUUCUCGUACUUGACUCAACCGUUGACAAAAAUCUUGACGAGGUGAAGCUGAGCCUAGAGCUGCAUAUGCAGCUAAUCUAUAAAAAUGUGUGGACGUAAAGCAAUCUGAAGGAAAUUCAAGACCAUAAUAUUUACUCAGUGAAGUACAUUGUCUUGUCCAUACCAAGAAUAAGAGUGUUUGGAGAAGACCAUUUUGUUCUGCUGAAUCAUGACAGAAGCGGAAGAACAGCAGCCAUGGAAGACAGCCUUUUACUCAGAAUUACCUAAAGUGGAACUUCAUGCCCACUUAAAUGGAUCCAUUAGUUCUAAUACCAUGAAGAAGUUAAUAGCCAAGAAGCCAGGUCUUAAAAUCCACGAUCAGAUGACUGUGAUUGACAAGGGAAAGAAAAGAACUUUGGAAGAGUGUUUCCAGAUGUUUCAGAUUAUUCAUCAGUUUACAACCAGCCCUGAAGAUAUUCUAAUGGUCACAAAAGAUGUGAUUAAAGAAUUUGCAGAUGAUGGUGUCAAGUACUUGGAACUAAGGAGCACACCUAGAAGAGAAAACGCUACAGGAAUGACUGAAAAAACUUAUGUGGAAUCUAUACUUGAGGGUAUAAAACAGUGCAAACAAGAAGACUUAGACAUUGACGUUAGGUAUUUGAUAGCAAUUGACAGAAGAGGUGGCCCUUCAGUAGCCAAGGAGACUGUUAAACUUGCUCAAGAAUUCUUCCUUUCUACUGAUGAUACAGUUCUUGGCCUUGACCUCAGUGGAGACCCUACUGCAGGACAAGCAAAAGACUUCUUAGAACCUCUUUUAGAAGCUAAAAAAGCAGGUCUGAAGUUGGCAUUGCAUCUUUCCGAGAUUCCAAACCAAAAACAAGAAACACAAGUACUCCUGGAUCUGCUUCCUGACAGAAUUGGGCAUGGGACAUUUCUCAGCUCCUCUGAGGAAGGAUCCCUGGAUCUGGUGAACUUUGUGAGGCAACACCAGAUACCACUGGAACUCUGUUUAACCUCAAACAUCAAAAGUCAGACAGUUCCAUCUUAUGACCAGCAUCAUUUUGGAUUCUGGUACAGCAUUUCCCAUCCUUCUGUGAUCUGUACUGAUGAUAAGGGUGUUUUUGCAACACACCUUUCUCAAGAGUACCAGCUGGCGGCUGAAACAUUUAAUUUAACCCAGUCCCAGAUGUGGGAUCUGUCUUAUGAAUCCAUCGACUACAUCUUUGCUUCUGACAGCACCAGGUCUGAACUGAGGAGGAAGUGGAACCAUCUGAAGCACAAAGUGUUACAUUAUUAAGCUGUAAUGAGGUGAACUACUUUUGACCCUACUUCCUUAUGAACUAAGUUGCCCAAAGAAUGACUCAAAACCCCAAGGAACAGUCUCUUUCAGAAUCACACUGCUGCCUUAUCCCUAUGAUGGCCCUUCUUCACUUGCCAUGUUUCAAAAAAGCAAGCCCAACCACAGCAAAAACCUCUGAAGAGGACAAGAUAAGGACCUGAAAGUCAUGCACCUUAUCCUUAGGAGUGAAGGACUGGCAGAAGCCAGAAAGAGAAAGGAAGCAGAGUAGACAGCAUGUCCUAGCCUGGACAUGUGCUAGUGCUGCAGGCCCCCCGACUUGGGCAGUACUUCAUCAGGAUUACAGACUGCUCCCUGAAGGUACCCAAGGUAGAGGGAAGGGAGAUUCAAAGAGUCUUCCUCCCACUUGAGAGCCAGCUGGAGAUUACAUUGCUUCCAUUAGCCUCCACUCACUGCAAGUAAAGGAGAAGGGGAAUUGAAGACAGAGGAAAAGCAGUGGAAAAAAAUGAACAAAGAUUAUGAAAAUAAUAGCAGCUAGCACAUGUGCCAUGUUUGUGAUUUACCUAUAUUUAUUCCAAUGACAAAAAAGGAAAAAGAAUGAAGAAAAAAAAAGAAGAAAAAAUAGAAGACGACUAGAACAGAACUAAGUAACAUCACACAUAUAGUAAAAAAUGGAAGAAGAUCACUGUUCACAGUGCAGCUGCAACUUCAGAGAUGUAGUCCUGCUGCCAUGCCCCGUUUUACAGCUGAAACAACAAACUUUGAAAUGGUCAGAUAACUGUCCAAGGUCACCCAGCUGAUUAGUGGUCAGGAUUGGAAACAGAGCCUCCUGACUCAUACUUUAGUGCUCUUUCCAUAACAACAUGGUUGUACAAAUUGUAUCAACAGUAAUAAAUGACACUUAAAAGACAGUUCCACAGGCAAAUCUUACUCCACCACAGAGUGUAAGACAAGGUUUCUUGCUGCAGGACUUCUCAGUCCUGUUACAAUGCCAAUGUGCGUUGUGAAUCUCAGAGAGGAGACAUAAAUGCUUCCCCAGCUUUGGGCAGUUCUUCACUAUGCUUUUCCAAGUAGAAAGGAACACAAACUGACUGAGAUUUGGGAGAGUAAAAGAUAAAGCGCCAGUUCAUGUAAGAUGCUCAAUAAAUAUUAGUUCUUCUUAAAGAUAAUGUAGUGCCAAGUUUUGCUCAGCCUUCAGUGAUUUUAUAAUCAGGAAAAAAUUUAAUAAAGAAAUACAAGGAAUGAUAAUCCUUUUCAGGA